AAAAAUUUCCCUUGCCUGGAAAAAAAAAAACAGUCUGAAGUGAACAGGCUUGUACACAAACGCAGGACGAUGGCGGAUUCAUCCGAGUCUUUCCACGUGGCUACGAGCCCCAGCCGUGGCUCUCGGCGGGGCGACUUAACCUCGAGCCCAGGAAGAGACUUGCCACCAUUUGAGGAUGAGUCCGAAGGUCUGCUGGGAGAAAACGUGCCUGUGGAUGAGGAGGAUGGAGAAGGGGAGGAGCUGAUUGGCGAUGGGAUGGAGAUGGACUACCGUGCCAUCCCAGCGCUGGAUCGCUAUGAGGAGGAAGGCCUGGAUGAUGCUGAGGACCUGAGCGAGCUCUCUCCAGGAGCCCGUGCUGCUGCCGAGGAGGCUAUGAGACGCCGAGACCGUGAGCAGGGCCUUAGCCGUCUGGGCAGGGUGCUGUACGACAGUGAAGACGAAGAUGACGAACGGCCGUCGAAGAGGCGUCGGCGUCUGGCGGAGCGGGCAGCCGAGGGCGUUGAGGGUGAGGACGAGGAGAUGAUCGAGAGCAUCGAGAACCUGGAGGACAUGAAGGGCCACUCUGUCCGUGAGUGGGUGUCCAUUGCUGCUCCUCGGCUGGAGAUCUACCACCGCUUCAAGAACUUUCUGCGCACACAUGUGGACGAGCACGGGCAUAAUGUAUUUAAGGAGAGGAUCAGCGACAUGUGUAAAGAAAACAAGGAGAGCUUGCUGGUGAACUACGAGGAGCUGGCCUCCCGAGAGCAUGUGCUAGCGUACUUCCUCCCUGAGGCCCCUGCUGAAAUGCUGAAGAUCUUUGAUGAGGCGGCCAAAGAAGUUGUGCUGGCCAUGUACCCCAAAUACGAGCGCAUAGCCCAUGAGAUCCACGUCCGCAUCGGCAACCUGCCACUGGUGGAGGAGCUGCGCUCACUCAGGCAACUACACCUGAACCAACUAAUCCGCACCAGCGGCGUCGUGACCAGCUGCACGGGAGUUCUGCCCCAGCUUGGCAUGGUCAAGUACAACUGUAACAAGUGUAACUUCAUCCUGGGCCCCUUCUUCCAGUCGCAGAACCAGGAAGUGAAGCCAGGCUCCUGUCCAGAAUGUCAGUCUCUUGGGCCUUUUGAAAUCAACAUGGAACAGACAGUGUAUCAGAACUACCAGCGCAUUACCAUCCAGGAGAGCCCUGGGAAGGUGGCUGCGGGCCGUCUGCCUCGCUCCAAAGACGCCAUCCUGCUCGCCGACCUGGUGGACAUCUGCAAACCGGGAGAUGAGAUUGAGCUGACGGGUAUCUACCACAACAACUAUGACGGCUCUCUGAACAUGGCCAACGGCUUCCCAGUGUUCGCCACUGUGAUCCUGGCUAACCACAUCGCCCGGAAGGAUGAGGGCGCUGCUGUGGCCGAGCUCACAGACGAGGACGUCAAGGCCAUCAUGGCCCUCUCCAAGGAUGAGCGCAUCGGAGAGAGGAUCUUUGCCAGCAUCAGCCCUUCCAUCUACGGCCAUGAAGACAUCAAGAGGGCGCUGGCUCUUGCGCUGUUUGGCGGAGAGGCAAAGAAUCCAGGAGGGAAACACAAGGUGCGCGGGGACAUCAACGUGCUGCUGUGCGGAGACCCGGGAACAGCAAAAUCCCAGUUCCUCAAGUACGUGGAGAAGGUGGCGAGCCGAGCGGUGUUCACCACGGGCCAGGGCGCCUCCGCUGUGGGUCUGACGGCUUAUGUGCAGAGACACCCGGUGAGCCGUGAGUGGACCCUAGAGGCCGGCGCACUUGUGCUGGCUGACAGAGGGGUCUGCCUUAUCGACGAGUUUGACAAGAUGAACGACCAGGACCGCACCAGUAUCCACGAAGCCAUGGAGCAGCAGAGUAUCUCCAUCUCCAAAGCUGGCAUUGUCACUUCCCUGCAGGCACGCUGUACUGUCAUAGCUGCUGCUAACCCCAUCGGUGGCCGAUAUGACCCGUCGCUCACCUUCUCAGAGAACGUGGACCUGACGGAGCCCAUUGUGUCUCGUUUCGACAUCUUGUGUGUGGUCAGGGACACUGUAGACCCAGUGCAGGAUGAGAUGCUUGCUCGCUUCGUGGUUGGCAGCCACAUUAAGCAUCACCCUAGCAACAAGGAAGGAGGUGUGGCUGGGCUGGAGGAGGUGGUGCUGCCCAACUCCUCUGAUGUGCCACCCAUCCCUCAAGAACUGCUCAGAAAGUACAUUGUCUAUGCCAAGGAGCGAGUGCGGCCCAAGCUUAACCAGAUGGACCAGGACAAGGUGGCCCGUAUCUACAGUGACCUCCGCAAGGAGUCCAUGGCCACGGGCAGCAUCCCCAUCACGGUCCGUCACAUCGAGUCCAUGAUCCGUAUGGCGGAGGCCCACGCGCGCAUGCACCUACGUGACUAUGUGCAGGAGGACGACGUGAACAUGGCCAUCCGCGUCAUGCUGGAGAGCUUUAUUGACACGCAGAAGUUCAGUGUGAUGAGGAGCAUGAGGAAGACAUUUGCGCGCUACCUGGCCUUCCGGCGGGACAACAACGAACUGCUGCUCUUCAUCCUCAAGCAGCUGGUGGCCGAGCAGGUGGCCUACCAGCGCAACCGCUACGGCGCCCAGCACGACAUCAUCGAGAUCCCAGAGAAGGACAUGGCGGACAAGGCUCGACAGAUCAACAUCCACAACCUGUCUGCGUUUUAUGACAGCGACCUGUUCCGCUUCAACAGGUUCUCCCACGAUGCCAAGAAGAAGCUCAUCGUACAGCAGUUUUAGGCCCAGCUGCAUUGGUGGAACUGUUUCACUAGCAUAUGGAGAACGUACUCCACUUGACAACACUUCCCCCCCCCCCCACUUUGGUCCCAGGCUUGGGCAUGUACAAAUUUUGAUAUGGACAAAAUCGUUUGACGGGGGAAAGAUUAACCUGCUUUUGCAAAACGGGUGGUAUGCUUCUUUUUGUACUUUUGGUAUUGUCAAAUGCAGACAUGCUCUGCAUCUGUAGGAGCUGAUGUGAAGAAAAAGAAAAUGUUCCAUGUUGUAAAAAAUAGUGAUUGUGUUUCUUGAUGUGUGGAAUAAAAUUGUAGCCUAUGUAUA